AUGGCAUCGGUACCGAAGACUAAAUUAUCAGACACCGAUAGUUCCGACGCCGGUUCAAGUUUCAUAGAUUACUUUAGUGAGGUUUUCAGUCCCGUAAAUUUGAUUAUUUCGGCCAUAAUCUGUGUAUUUCUCUAUAAGAUAUAUUCAAAAUUCACAAAGGUGCCUGUGGACACACCGGCGUUGGAGUUACCCAAAAUUCGUAAAGAUAUGACUGUGUCGGAACUUCGUCAGUAUGAUGGAAAUCAGCCUGAUGGGAGGGUUUUAGUGGCUGUGAACGGUUGGAUAUUCGACGUGACGCGAGGUCGGCGAUUUUACGGUCCCGGUGGACCAUAUGCAGCGUUUGGGGGAAAAGAUGCAUCAAGAGGCCUAGCUACAUUCUCAGUUACUUCAUCAGACAAAGAGUAUGAUGAUCUCAGUGACCUUAACUCAAUAGAAAUGGAUUCAGUCAAGGAGUGGGAGGCACAAUUCAGAGAGAAGUACGAGUUAGUAGGAAGAUUAUUGAAGCCCGGAGAAGAACCCAGAAAUUAUUCAGACGAAGAACCAGAAGAAACAGACACCUCAACGAAUACACCCGUAGAAGAGAAGAAAGAGCAGUAG